AUGGCUCACAAAAUGAAAGAUGUAGCCAAAAAGUUUUUACUUCUCGGUCAAUGUGUUCCCACAGUGAAACAAAAUGCAACAAAAAUACGCGUGAAGAGGUUAGAAUUAGACGAAAAUUUGCUAAUGUAUUUUAAUAAAGAUGAAUUCUACUACUGCCACGAUCCAAACAAAAUGUGUAAAACUGGUGAUAUAGUCUUGAUAAAAAUGCUCCCUCAUAAAUUAACUAAAUUAAUAACACACGAAGUACAAGAGGUCGUGUAUCCCUUUGGUGAUGUAACAGAUCCUGUUACUGGAAAGAAAGUAGCCAAAGCAAGGUACCGUGAGGACAUCGACAGAGAAGCAGAAUUAUAUGGUAAACUGCAAUCUGCUUUUGACUACGAUAAAGCACCAGCAAGAGGCUGGCAAGAAGGAAAGAAAGAUUUCACAGCAAAACCUACCUAUACAGGUUUCCAUGUAUUUGAUGAAAAGGAUCCCUACGCAAUAUAA